AAACAGCGACACAUUUGAACACGCCGGAAGAACACACCUUAUGUUUUUACAUCAUGAUGCAGUAUACCCUAGAGGGCGCCAAAAGUUUUUUGAGCCGCGCGGUCCCAUAAGGCUGCCACUCUUUAGUAGUCUCUUCUCGGUGUUUUCUGUUUCUUAUUUCGGUGGCAAUACAUGCUAGACGGCGUCAAAAAUUGUAGACUUUAUCGUGAGACAGGGACACGAAGUCCCAUAAGGCUGCCACUCUUUACGCUCUUUAGUAAUCUCUCAUCGGUGCUACACGAAAACAUUUCAUGAAUACAAAGGGGUGCAAUAAUAAACUUUAAUAUGUCUGACGAGGACAUCGAUUUUAUUAAGGGAUAUACUCGUCGUAUCGAUGAUCAGACAGAACAAGAUCUAAGUCUUUGUUAUGCAUAUCCUACUAUAAAAGAAGAGUCAAAUAGUAGUCUUAUUAACAAAAAUAAAAACCCGCGAGAAUUGAGUCAAGAUUUGUUAGUCGAAGAUGGAUUGUACGCUUCCGAUAAUCCGUUCGUUUAUAGCGACGUUAAAACGUCUCAGUCUGAUAAUAUGAAAGUGAUAGAAUACGAGUCGAAGCGCAAAUUCUCCGGUAAACUGUUAGAGAUUGUAAUUCGUGAUGUGAAAAUGAACUCACCGAAAGACCGCCCGGAAUCGAUCACGAUAACAUCCGUCCACUUGUUAUUUAAGAAAAAGAUAAUAUGCAAAGCGAAGAGCCCUUUUAAUAGGAAAUUGCAUAAACUGUUAAUAAGAAAGUCGGAAUGCAAUAAUCUUUCGAUACAAGUACACGCGAAGCACGGUCAGUCGAGCGUGUUGCCGUUACCACUGCCGAAGCGUAACACGGAGAACACGAAGAUCGAGAUAGACUUCGCGAUAAGUGACACGUUGGGUAGGAUACACGCGGGGACGGUGGUAUGCACAAUUAGUUUGAGUAAUUACGGCGAGACCGAACAGGAAUAUACCGCGCAACUUUACAAACUGAGCAACGAUCCAAACGAUCCGCACAACGGUUUAUCUUUGAUAAGACCGCCGAAGAGUGAUAUCCACAGGAAGCAAGUGAAAUAUUUUCUGCUCGAGCACCCAGUAUUAAGUUUCUGUACGGAUGCGGAAUUAUCUGUUCCUAAGAAAACAGAAACGGAAGACGCGAAGACGUUGCCGGACACGGUUGUAACCGAACAGUCUGCAUUCUCUCUGCUCGAUGUAUCGUUUAGGGAUUUGUUACAAGUCAAACAUCCUUUGGAACCGGCGAGCACUACUCGUAGAUAUCACACGAUAGGCAAAACAGUUUUGAGCGUAACUGUCUUGAGGGGCAUAGAAAUACCAAUUAGGGAGGAGUCAGCGUUGGUUCAACCGUUUGUCGAAGUAGAAUGGGGUAAUACCAUUCACAGAACAUCUGUAGCAGAAGGACCCGCGCCUAUAUGGCAGCAAACGAUGCACUUUGAGCUACCGAGGCAGAACGAGGAGCAUUGUAUAAAAUUACGACUGUAUGACCAACACCCUUUCUGGGGUCAACAGUGGCUAGGCGAGACUAGGAUACCUCUUGAACAGCACAGAAAUUAUCAAGAACUUGAACGUUGGAUUACGUUAUCUCCCUUGUUCAGUCCGGUUUUGCUAUUUGGAUAUAUUCAGGCUAGUCCUGGUCAAUCGUACACUCGAAUUUACGUUCUGAUUCGUAUGGAACAUCCGGCUACUUCCAAGUCUGUCGAAAGUAUUGUGACAAACACGUUGCUGAAAAGCAUUCAAAGGUGUCUCGUUACGUCAUACAAAGUCAAUGGCGUGGAAAAUCCGAAGGAUGCAGCGAGACUGGUAAUGCUUUUACCGUCUUUGCCUAAUCAUUACGGACCGAUCACUCCUCGGCAGGCUUUGAAUAUAAGGAAAACGGAUCAUUAUGGAAGGGCGGCUCUCCUGGCAGUAUUAUUGCAAGGGUUCGAUUUGAAAACUUAUGUCUUAUUAGGAUCUUCGCAGAUAAAUAAAUGGUCAUCGUUUGUAUUGAGUAUAAGUGAAAAUGGGAUAUACACUUUGUGGGAUCCGGAGAUCGGAAAUUAUUACAAACUGGACGACAGUCAUUGCCCUUUAAUUAAAGUGUCCCGUUUGAUUAGUAACCUCGGUAUAUGGGAGAAUUUACAAAAAUCUGUCUUGCCCUGCAAUCUUAAAUACAAUGUGAAAUUGAGCAAAGAAUGGCGGUCGGUUGAUGCCGCCGUUUCAACAAAGACCGAGCAUGCCAUUCAGAUAAUCGAGUUGAAUGCUACUGAGGAGGAAAGCAAACAGAUUAAGAAGAGCACAGCCAACAUAGAACAAUCGUUGAAAGAAAAGCUGUCCGAGUGGCGCAGUGCGCUCGGGUUUACAACCAUUUUCAAUCGGCACGCGAUGACUAUAUUAAAAAACUUUAUUUCCAAGGCGGAACCACCUCCGGAGGUGCAACUGGACAAGAGGGACUUGAAACAAUUGUACAGGGCGUAUCACAUCCAUGGUUUCAUCUUAAACAAACGCGAGUCUACUGUUGAUGAUUUUGUCGAGCAUCUGCGGGCAACAAGAAUUUACGAUAUCAACGGUCCUGUCGAAUUUGCUGUCGUGUGCCAUGUACAACCUUAUGUUGGCAAAAUCUCGUCGUUUUGGUUGGCCGUCGUAAUUCUCAGAAGCCGGGAUUAAAGUCGUUUCAAGCAACUCAUUGACUGGAAUCUAAUAUUUAUCUAAUGUUUAUGACAAUUAUAUUUGAUUUUAAUACAUACACAUAUCGCAGUGAUAAUGUACAACAGUGUAAUACAAUUUUUUAUGACUCCUCUCUCAUUGCUUUGAUACACAGUUUUGUUACUUGCUUUUGAACAUAUGCUUUUGUUGGACAGGUGACGAAUAAAUGUUGUUCGAAAUAAAUACAAUGCACUUUGUUGAUUUUUCACAUUGCGCAGCAAUGCUCUUUUUAUAACAAUUUCUCAAUGGUUUUUACAUAUUGCGAUAGUAGUAAAACGAUUAACAACGUUUUAUUGCCUAAUAGGUUUAGAGAUAAAUUCAUCAAAAAGAAAAAAGGACAGACGCUCGUAAACGAUACUGCGUAAUGGAGUUUUACAAAUCUUGUUCUGUAUGCAUCAUGUACAUGUAUGUAUAUUAAACUCGAAAUCGGAUUGAUACAAA